AUGCUCCAAACCACGGCUCGGACUAGUUUCACUCUCGUCUUUCCGAUAACCGGGGAGCAAAUCCUCCUUGGACUUAAACGGCGGGGCUUUGGACAAGACCUCAUGAACGGCUUCGGUGGCAAGGUCGAGGACGGAGAGAGUAUAGAGGAUGCAGCGAUAAGAGAGCUGGAGGAAGAGUGCGGCAUCAGGACGACUGUCUCCGAACUCGAACCCCGAGGUCGUCUGACGAUUGUUCGCCCGAUCCAUGCAGGGCCCACGGUGUUUGCCAAGAUCUUCCUCUUCACAUGUAGAACCUGGAGCGGCCAUCCUGUCGAAUCUGACGAGAUGCAGCCAGUGUGGUUUGAUACCCAUUGUCUUCCGUUCAAGCAAAUGUGGCCAGACGCUCCGCUGUACCUUCCCCACCUCCUCAAAGACACCCAGGACACUUGUAUCACGGGCAAGUUCCACCAAGAACAGAACAGAAAAGCACAUGUUGACUAG